CAGCAGGCGGCUGGGUGAAGUCAUCCCUGGUGACACCUUCUCACAGGACUUCAGGGAAAAUGCUGGGCGACUGGGCAGUGCCUCUGCCCAGCUGCCUGUCACGGUGCUGGGAGUGAGAGGUGACCUCUUUAUUUUUAGCAGGGGGCUGUCAUAAUAGUUCACUCCUCUGCUUCAUUCAAGGCAGGAGGCAGGCACUUUGGAAGUUUGUAAACACCGACUUUCUCAGUAGAGGUGGGACACUUUUCUCCAGAAAGGGAAGAAUUCCCCUGCCGGGGUUUCCCUCUUCUUAGAGUCGCACUGUGAACAGGACAGCGAUCUUUGGCUGUCUGAGUUGUGGCAAGCAGGCGCUUCUCAAGUUCUAAUUAUUACAGGGCAGUCAUGCCUGCUGGCGACGGCUGUGGACCAGGCAGAAGCUGGGAAGUUAUCAAUUCCAAGCCAGAUGAAAGACCCAGACUGAGCCACUGCAUUGCAGAAUCAUGGAUGAAUUUCAGCAUAUUUCUUCAAGAAAUGACUCUUUUCAAACAGCAGAGCCCUGGCAAGUUUUGCCUCCUGGUCUGCAGUGUGUGCACAUUUUUUACAAUCUUGGGAAGUUACAUUCCUGGGGUCAUUCUCAGCUACCUACUGUUACUGUUUGCUUUUUUGUGUCCACUGUUUAAAUGUAAUGAUAUUGGACAAAAAAUAUACAGCAAAGUCAAGUCCAUUCUAUUAAAACUAGAUUUUGGAAUUGGAGAAUAUAUUAACCAGAAGAAACGUGAGAGAUUGGAAGCAGAUAAAGAAAAAAGUCACAAGGAUGACAGUGAAAUAGACUUUUCGGCUCUUUGUCCUAAGAUUAGCCUCACAGUUGCUGCCAAAGAGUUAUCCGUGUCAGACACAGAUGUGUCAGAAGUCUCUUGGACUGAUAAUGGGACCUUCAACCUUUCAGAAGGGUACACUCCACAGACAGACACUUCUGAUGAUCUUGACCGGCCCAGUGAGGAAGUGUUCUCUCGAGAUCUUUCAGAUUUUCCAUCUCUGGAAAAUGGCGCGGGAACAAAUGAUGAAGAUGAGUUAAGCCUUGGCUUACCCACAGAGCUCAAGACAAAGAAGCAACAGUUGAACAGUGCUCACAGACCAAGCAAAGACAGGCAGUCAGCAGCUGGCCUCUCACUUCCUCUCAAGAGCGACCAAGCCCUUCACUUGAUGAGCAACCUGGCUGGGGAUGUCAUCACAGCUGCCAUGACGGCUGCCAUCAAAGACCAGCUAGAAGGGGCCCGGCAGGCCCUCGCUCAGGCGGCGCCCACUCCAGGGGACGACACAGACACUGAGGAGGGGGAUGAUUUUGAACUACUUGACCAGGCAGAGCUAGAUCAAAUUGAGAGUGAGCUGGGACUAACACAAGACCAAGGGGCAGAAGCCCAGCAAAGUAAGAAGUCCUCAGGUUUCCUUUCAAACCUGCUUGGAGGCCAUUAGCCGGGAAUCAGCUUGCCGCAAAGCACAGAUAAACCACCCAAACAUUUCAAACAAGCAGGGGGAAAAAUGGAAAAAAAAUUGAAUUGUAAGCUUUAAUUACUUUAGAUUUUUUGUUUUCUUUUCCCUUCUAUAGUGAGUUGGAUAUGUACCAGCUGAUAAUGAUAGACUGACAUUUCUGGUAGUUAUUUUUAUGUAAUAAGCAUGGAAAUGAACUUUAUAGUUACAUAUAUACAUACUGUGGUGUCAUAAGUGCUUAGGGGCUGUUUGUAAAGAGAAACAAAAAACCACACCAAACCCCAUCAAACUGAGGUCUUUCUAUACGUAAUCUUUUUCUUUAUAAUUUUCAAGCAUGCAGAGAUCGACAGCUGUGAACACACAUGGCAUCGGCCCCCUAAUUACUCCUCUUGGAAGUGGUUUAUCAAAUUCUGAUAGAUUUCAAUGUAAGAAAGGAGAAAUUAUCAAAAUGUUUAUAGUUGAAGGGCUAUGGAAAUGCUAUCAAAAUUAAUUUUCUAGGAAAAACUUUAAAAAUAAGUACUAUCUAUAGGCUGAAAUAUUUCCAUGUUACUUCUACAGUUGUAGACAGAGGCUUACUUGUCAGGCGGCAUGCUCCACUGACUGCCACAUCUAGUCUUGAAAAGAGGUGGUACUGACCCACAGAAAGCAGCCAGUUCUGUGUCUCUUCAUGAUGCUCUUGUAGUGUUUGCAAUGGUAAGUGCACACUAUUUUGCACACUCAGAUGUAAGCAAAACCUGACGUUUCUGUAAUGUGUUCCAGUCUCCUAGGAUUGUGAAUCUAGUUAUAGGUAUGUCCAUGAGUGAUGUGCUCAUUGGUGAUCAUCAACACCCCCCAUUUUUUUUCAGUUUACAAAUGCAGAACAGAGGAACUUGCUUGAACUUUAAAGUUUAUUUCUCUGCCGCUGCACUCUCAAUAUGCAAUCCAUUUCUUACUGGGAAGCUAGUGUAUGCUUUUUCCUUUAAACUGUUUUUUGAUCACUUUUACAUAAUCAAAUUUGACUUACAGUGGAAACCAAGAUAGUUGUUUUUGUGAAACAAUCUUUUAGAAGGACUGAGGGACCAUGUCAGCAACUAUCUUAGAUCUUCAGUUAUAGCUGGCAUUUCUACACAGACACACAAGAUCCUUACAAAGGAAGGGUAAUCUAAGACUGUAGAAAUCUGUGUUUCAGUUUCAUCUCUUUUAUUUCUAAAGACUAACUACAGGUAACUUGACCUUUAAUGCACCAUCUCCUAUUUAUUUAUUUUUUUUCUCUCUGAGGUAUUAAAAAUAUCUAGACUGAAUUUUGCCAAAUGUAAGAGGGAGGAAAGUCCCUGAAGACUCUGACUACUUGCUUAUUUUUGAUUGACCUUCUAUGCUUAUGUCAUUAGUGCCUCACAACUGUGUUUGACGUCCUUUAUUGAUACAGAGUGAGCCUGUGCCUUCAUUUUCUUGCCCAUUUUGGUACUGAUGUAAAUUUGUGUUAGAAAAUCUUGGAACUCUGUGAGUCUGGGAAGAAUAUAUCUGAAUCCUAUUCAAUACAUUUGCUGGAUGUGAAGAAAAAUACAGCCACAUAUUUAUAAAACAGUUGUUACCAGUA